UUAUGUGCUGCCAUGGUAUCGGUAUGAGGGCAUGCUCGAUAGUCGGGCAAGACUCGAGGUGGAGCCGGUGCGGACGGGCAUGCGCAAGGGGAUGACGCAGGAGGAGAUUGCCCAGCACGAGCCGCGCAAAGGCGGGGAGGACGAUUCCUACUCCGAGGCGGCGAGAGACUCGAGAGUCGUCCAUUCCACCACGUCUUGCUCCGAGUCAUGCACCCCCAUCGCUUGUCCCGCCACUUCAGUCGGCCACAACAACGGCGGAGACGGGGGAGUUGGCAUCCUCCUUGCCUCAACACAGACCUCUGUAGAGAUCUACGGUGGUCCGCCAGCUGAGGUUACGAUCACUUUCCCCGGGGGUCUUGCAGGAGGAGGUUGGUCACUGUGCGACCCCGACGGACAGGGGGGACCAGCCCGAGCGGAGGAGGUCACGGCAGCGGCAGCGGUGGAGGGGGAGGUAGCAGCAUCGGAGGAGGAGGUACCAGCAAUGGCGAUGGGGGAGGAGGAGGUGCCAGCUGCAGCAACAGCGGAGGGGGAGAUAGCAGCAGCAGUGGAGAGGGAGAAGGAGGUACAAGCAGUGGCGACCGAGGAGGAGGAGGUUCGAACUGCAACAAUAGUGGAGGGGAAGGAGGAGGCAGCACCAACGGCGGUGGUGCCAGACGUUUAUAUGAAGCAUGAUGGUGCAGACGCCAUUGAGGACAGUGAUGACGCUGAGGAGCACCUAAUGCAACAAUUUAUCAUGGAGGAGCUCGAUCCAGUCGUGGGGGGUUUCACCUCGGGUAUGGCGAAGGGGCUGGGGAUGUCUCCUCCCACAGGGUGGCAAAUUUCAGAGAUGGGGCCCCACUUCGACUUUAACAUGUCGAUGGGCGCUCCCCCUAGUUGCGGCGGGUCGACAUCGACUGAUUGGGCGCCAUCGAGGGACGGGGCGGCAGGCGAGAUGGGGACACAGACCCAAAGAGAGAGGACGAUAGGGGAGUCUCCUGAUACGGCACGUUGUGCGGAAACCCGAGGAGGGGUCACCUACUGCUCGCUGAAGCAAGAGCCAACAUCGUCUGUCAUGCGUUGCGCCCACGUCAAAGGUCCUCAACGACCAGCAUGGCAUUGAAGUUUGCGCUGCCUGUUUAGCGCCUCUCUAUUGCCUGCUAAUUGAUCGUAAGAGGAGGGUCUUAAAAUUUAGAGCAAAAUAACGCGA